CCCAUCAGCGAGAGGGAAAACUCAAAACAGAAGUCACGACGUUCGUUGAAAUUUGGUUUAACGUAAAGAGCUGUGAAGUGGACAACAGGCUUUAAAGACGGUAAACAAAAAUGCAGAGGGCAUCCCGUUUGAAGCGUGAACUGCAGAUGCUGAGCACCGAGCCACCUCCCGGAAUAACAUGCUGGCAGACGGAGGAGCGGAUAGAUGACCUCCGAGCACAGAUAGUGGGUGGAUCAGGAACUCCUUAUGAAGGUGGCCUCUUCUCCUUGGAGAUCAAGGUCCCUGAGAGGUACCCAUUUGAGCCCCCCAAAAUACGAUUCUUGACCCCCAUCUACCAUCCAAACAUUGACAACUCAGGACGUAUCUGCCACGAUGCCCUCAAACUCCCGCCAAAGGGUGCCUGGAAGCCAUCACUAAACAUCUCCACAGUUCUCUCCUCCAUUCAUCUGCUCAUGGCUGAGCCCAAUCCAGAUGAUCCACUCAUGGCUGAUAUAUCGUCAGAGUUUAAAUACAACAAACAGCUGUUCAUGGAGAAGGCCAGGAAGUGGACACAGGAACAUGCUGUUCAGAAAAACACGGGAGUCAUGGAGGGCAACAAAGAAAAUACUCCAGACCAGAAAGCUUCAUCCCGCAAAAGAGAGGCGCUCAGUGCACAACAGGAGGCAGAGGAGCCAGCAAAGAAAACCUGUUUGUAGUUUCCACCUCACUUGUUAGAGCCACCAUUUCUCCUCUCUUCUUCUAAGGAGUGUAUUCAAAUUUAAAUUUAGUGCUAAUGCCUACUUCCAUUUCCCAUGUAUGCAUUAAUCUUCUUCAGAAAUAUCUACAUAUUUUAAAAAGGUUUAUAUGUAAAUGUUAGUUUGUGUUGUUAUAUUAAAGUUUAUUUUGAAAACUACUUGCAUAGCACACACAAGACAGUGGCUUCUUGUGUAGUGUGGAGGUGUGUUUCAGAAUAGUUGCAUAAGCAGAGUGGUUCAUGUAUAUAACGUAUGAAGAUAAUAAUUUUAUUCAGACAUAUGCUUACCAGUUGUAUACAAAGUAUGUACAUCCUAAAUAGCAAGACAAGUUUUUUUUUUACAAACUAAGGAUUUAUUUCUUAACAUAUAAAAUUAUAUAUUUGCUGUUUAUCAUAUAAAAAGGGAGACAAACAUCAUAAGGCUGUAGUGAGUCAAUACCAUGCUAGUUCAGAGGUAGUUACAUUGUAUGUACAUAUUGCUAGCCUACUCUAAUGUCUGUAGAAAGAUAGCUACAUCCCAUUCAGUCUGUAUGACUGCUUGCCUCCUCAUGGGCUGAGUUGCAUAUUUGAGAUAAAAACAUGUAAACCAUAUAAAACUGUAUGUGCAGUCCGUUUCCUGUUGCAUUUUGCUGCCACAUAAAGGAUAACAUUUUUAUAACCAUUGUUACACAAUUGCUGAGAAAUAUAUCUGACAGUAACAUUUCUGUGAGAGAAAAAUGUUAGCUUACUCUGGUAAAAUGUCCUGGUGUGUUUUGAUGAUGAA